UUCACGCAUGCGCGAAUGUAGAUGAUAGUCCUGGUGGCGGAGGAGGGAUGGCGGAUGCGCAGCGCGAGGAUGCUGCGGAAACGGACACCCCAAACGCGAACGACGCGCAGGAGAAAACUUCAAACAGCACGAUGGUGGAGGACAGUUCGACUACUUUACUAAAAAGAAUGGAGAUUACUGUGGCCGAGGCAGAGAAACGGACCGGCAAAAAGGCUGUGAACAUGCAAGAGACGUACACAGUUUAUCUCAUAGAGACUCGGCCCUCCUCCGCAGUUAAUGAAGGGCAGAGUGUGGCUCCUGAUGCGCUGUGGAGGCGUUACAGUGAGUUUGAGCUGCUCAGGAACUACCUGCUGGUCACCUACCCCUUCAUUGUGGUUCCCCCACUGCCUGAGAAGAGGGCAGAGUUCGUGUGGCAUAAGCUCUCUGCUGAUAACAUGGAUCCAGACUUUGUGGAGCGCCGGAGAGUUGGCCUGGAGACCUUCCUGUUGAGAGUGGCAUCACAUCCGGUUAUGUCCAAUGACAAGAUCUUCUACCAUUUCCUCAUGCAGGAGCGCGGAUGGAAGGAGGUGGUGUAUGACACUGGAUUUCAGGCAAAGGCGGACUCACGUCUCAGAGCACUGAAUGCAACCUUCAGAGUGAAGAAUCCUGACAAGCGUUUUAUGGAGAUGAAACACUACAGUGAUGAGCUCCAGGCCAUCACCUCCCAACUACUAAGAGCACGUGCCAGAGUGGCAGAUAGAUUAUAUGGAGUCUAUAAAGUACAUGGGAACUAUGGAAGAGUCUUCAGUGAGUGGAGUGCCAUAGAAAAGGAGAUGGGAGACGGACUACAGAGUGCAGGCCACCAUAUGGAUGCCUAUGCAGCAUCAAUAGAUGAUAUUUUAGAAGAAGAAGAACACUAUGCAGACCAGAUCAAAGAGUAUCUCUUCUUUGCCGAAGCUUUAAGAGCUGUCUGUCGCAAGCAUGAGCUUUCUCAAUAUGAGCUGGAGACGACAUCUCUGGACCUGACAUCAAAGAAACUGCAACGAGAGGAGCUAGCCACUGGGAUAGUGCGGACGUUCUCGUUUAAAGGCAUGACCACGAAGCUGUUUGGCCAGGAGACGGCGGACCAGAGGGAGGCCCGGCUCAAGCUCCUGGAGGAGCAGAUCGACGAGGGCGAGGAGACCGUCCGUGAGAAGACCGCAGAGUGCGAAGAACACGUGCACAGUGGAUGGGAGGACAUGCGACGCUUCAAGGAGCAGAAGGACCGUGACUUGAGGGAAGCCUUCAUCAACUACGCCUACAUGCAAAUGAGCAUGUGUAAGAAGGGCAUACAGAUGUGGAGCAAUGCCAAAGAGUGCUUCAGUAAGAUGUGACAUCGUCAUACCACACAUCAAUAGCACAAUAGCCAUGGCGCACAGGACCGCUGUCGUGAGUGGUCGCACAGGAUGGAACCCGUCGUCAUGGAGGCACAAGAUGGAUACAGGCAGGAUUGCUGUGGCGGCACACGCCAGAACUAGUUACUCAGAUUGCACACGGACAUGGUGGCUCACCUGUGUGGGGUUGCUUUUAAUCAAGAGCCACUUUGGAUAUGUAUUUAAUGUGUUGAUUUUUUUUUUAUGUGACUAAAGCUCAUUGUUGUUUUGUUGUAACACACACACACACACCCUCAAUCCUCAGGAGAGUAUUUCAAGUAAGUGGCUUAGUGACAAACCUGAAUAAGGUAGCUCCUAAAGCCAACACAAAAUAGCUCUAUGGUUUACCAUUUACUCUGGGUUAAAGUACCCAGGUUUGUCACCAAACUUCGUCGUUGGAAUACCCUCCCACCCCGACCCACCAACUGUUUGGUUUCAUAUUCUGAAGACUUCCUCUGCAAUAUUUAGCCCCUAUGCAGGUCAAAUAUAUAUGUUUUAGAGGAUUUUACAUAAAGAUGAUGCAUUAUAAAUAACAACCAGACAAAUCAGAAUAAAUAAACAUACCCAAAGUGGU